AUGAUUGUGAUGCAGAUUUACGACCUUUCUACAUGUCAGCGGUCCGUCAUGGCGGCAGGACGUCCUUUUCCCAGCUCCGACGUAUUUUUCAUCUUUUUGCUUGUAACUGUACAUUUAUCACGGCCAAUUGGCCUAAAUGUGGACAAGCAGUGUCAAGUACCGCACUGGGGCUCUGUCAGGACUUUUAAUGUUUGCCGUGCGCGUUACUUCCAAGGGAGAGUCUCUUACUACAACUGCUCAACUUCGCCUUCAUUCAACCUGUGCGAGCUGCGGAUCACAAGGAGCGACAACGUUGAGUCGAACCCUGGCUUUCCUGGGCAUUCUCUCUCGGUGUUCUACCAAAAUGCCAGGAGUCUGAAAGCCGCUACUUGGGACACAGAAGGUAACGAGGCAUUGGAGUGCAAAUUGAAUCGCCUACAAGACAUAGUUUACUCCGCCGACUACGACCUCGUGGCGAUUAGUGAAACUUGGUUAAACUCAAGCAUUCUGGACACGGAGAUUCUACCCAAUGGCUAUGAUAUUCCACAAGGACAGGGAAACGCGUCCGUUAACCCGCUAUCCCUUCCCGGAGCUGUUGCAGCGGUUGAAGUGAAACUGUCAUCCAAUAAGUUACUUCUGGUAGCAGUGUGCUACCGCGCUCCAGACGACAACGAGUUCGUCGUCCCAUUCAGGUCAUUAACAGGUUUGACGGGAUCGAGAAAAUACGCUGAGGUGCUUAUUGUUGGCGAUUUCAAUUUCCCCAAGAUUCAAUGGGUUGAAGGAUCUGGUUUUGUUAACAGCGACGUUGGAAUUGUAUGCGAGUUCGCCAAUAUUCUAUCUGAUGCAUUUCUCUACCAGCUAGUCGAAGCUCCCACGCGGAAAGAAAAUAUUCUAGAUCUAGUUCUAGUUAGCGAUAUAAAUCUAGUGGACUCGGUUUUUGUGGAGGGAAACAAUUGUUUACCGUCCGAUAACAAAUGCAUCUAUUUUGAUUUUCGCUGUUCCGCCAAGAUAAUAAAUUCACCAUCCAGAUCUGUUUAUGAUUUUAAGAACGCUGACUUUGCGUCCCUUAGGGGCCAUCUACAAACAAACUGUGCUGCUAUAGAAUGGGACUCUCAUGAUGUGAACAAUUCCCUCAGGUCUUGGAAGAGUGCGUUUCUGGAUGCAGUAGACACCUUUGUUCCUAUGCGUAACGUCAAAAACAAUCAGUGCGCUCCCUGGAUUGAUUGCGAUCUCGCGUACGCUAUAAAAAAGAAAAAAACGUUUUGGAAAAACAAAGUGCGCAAAUCCAAAGACCCUGCAGUUUUCGAGAAAUUCAGGAGAAUGCGUCAGCGGAUAAAGAACUGGAUUCGGGCGAAUAGGAAAGCCUACUUCACAAGAAUUGCCUCUGAAGUCCACUCUAAUGCCAAGCCCUUCUGGUCCUUUUUCAAAACCAAAUCCUCUCGCAGCUCCUUUCCUGAAACGAUGUUAGAGGGCAACAACGAGGUCACCGGCGAUUUGCUCAAGGCCGAAGCGUUUUCGAACCGUUUCAAGUCGAUCUUCACGGACCACUCCCUGUGCUCUUUUCCAGCAGGCACCCUAUGCAUAAGCCAUGUGCUUUCAAAUAUCGUGCUGUCUACGCAGGAAGUGCUACAAGAACUUCAAGCGCUCAAUGUCAACAAGGCAAUGGGUCCUGACCUUAUCCCCGCAAGACUUCUUGUUGAGUGCGCUGACGCCAUCGCUGAACCAGUCUACAGUCUCUUCAACCUCUCUCUCGCAUCGGGCGAUAUUUUCUCUGAGUGGAAGGAUGCUAACCUGACUCCCAUCUACAAGAAAGGUCCGCGUGCCUUGUUUUCCAACUACCGUGGUAUAUCGCUUUUGCCGAUCCUGUCUUAG